CCGCCUCUCUCCCCUGAUGGAGGGAUGCAGGCUUCCUCCUCCGUGAAGAAGCUGCAGGAAUAAACGGAAACGCCCAGGAGCAAGAUGACCGAGGGACGUAUGUGCCAAGUUCAGCUUCUGGACAACAGGAAACUGGAGCUGCUGGUUCAGCCGAAGCUGUUGUCCCGUGAACUUCUGGAUUUGGUCUCGUCUCACUUCAACCUGAAAGAGAAAGAGUACUUCGGGUUCACUUUCGUCGAUGAUACUGGUCAGUGUAGAUGGCUGCAGUUGGACCGCAGAGUAUUGGAACAUGACUUCUCCAAGAAGACCGGACCCAUCGCCCUCAACUUCCUGGUUAGGUUUUACAUUGAGACCAUUUCUCUGCUGAAAGAGCACACGACGGUGGAGCUGUUCUUCCUCAACGCUAAAACCGGCAUCUAUAAUGGUGACAUUGAGGUGGAGAGCGAACUGGUUUUUAAAUUGGCUGCUCAUGCUCUGCAGGAAGCUAAAGGAGAUUAUACAAGUGAUGAGGCCACCAGGGAGGAUUUAAAGAAACUCCCAACUCUGCCAACGAAAGUGCUGAAGGAGCAUCCGUCUCUGGCAUACUGUGAGGAGAGAGUGAUUGAGCAGUAUAAGCUGCUGAAGGGUGUGUCGAGAGGACAGGCCAUCGUACAGUAUUUAACGCUGGUCGAGUCGCUGCCUACGUACGGAGUCCACUAUUACGAAGUGAAGGAUAAACAGGGCAUGCCGUGGUGGCUCGGGAUCAGCUACAAGGGAAUCGGGCAGUAUGACAUCCAGGAUAAAAUCAAACCUCGACGGUUGUUCCAGUGGAAGCAGUUGGAGAAUCUGUACUUCAGAGAGAAGAAGUUUGCAGUGGAGGUGAACGAUCCUCACAGGCGAGCGGUGACUAAGCGUACGUUCGGACAGACGGGUUUGGUGAUCUAUACGUGGUAUGCUAAUCACUCUCUGAUCAAAACCAUCUGGGUGAUGGCCAUCAGUCAGCAUCAGUUCUACCUCGAUCGAAAACAGAGCAAGGCUAAAAUGACCGCAGCCAGGAGUUUAGGAGACAUCGCAGUGGACCUGACGGAAAACGGCGCCGCCAAAACCACUAAACUUAACGUGGGGACCAAAAAUCAGCUCAUCAUGGCCAGCAACGGAAGCCUCGUCUCAACCGGUUCUGCAGACUCAGAGAUGAACGAUGAGCAGAAAAAAGAGAAGCUGGCUGAAUUAAGGGUGAAGGAGAAAGAAAUCCAAGACAUCCUGAACCAGAAAAUGGCCGAGCUGAAAGAGAUAUGCCUGAGGGAAGCGGAGCUGACUGGUAAACUCCCUAAAGAGUACCCAAUGAGUGUGGGUGAGAAACCUCCUGGCGUCAGAAGGAGAAUCGGCACAUCUUUUAAACUGGACGACCUUUUCCCAUAUAAUGAGGAUCCAUACCUGAGGAACCUGGAGAGUCGUUUUGCUCUGCAGCGGAAGAUCGUGGAAGCGGCGAAAAAGCUGGCGUCGGAACCCGACAUCGGCAAAACGGUGAAGAAGAAGCGGAGGAGGAACUGCCUGGAUGCCAUGCAGAAACUUCAGGAGAUCGAGGAUGAGAUGAACCGCUACCGUGUCAAGAAGGGCAAGAGACCCACGCAGAGAGCCUCGCGGAUCAUCGCCGAAGAACUGGGUCAGUCAGAAUGCAGCUCCCUUUCUGACAGCCAUCCUCUGGAUGACAAUGAUGUUAGUCAGCGGCGGCGAUCUCGCUCCCUGCAGUGCUCUCCGUUACUCAACGCUCCUCCUCCGGUCAGCCUGGACUACGACACGCAGAGACGAUCCUCCGAGAGCGACACACAGCACGACACUGCGCUAAGCAGACUGGAGUGUGAUGUUCAGCCUGGUUUGUACUACGCCUCUCAUGACGCCUCCUCGGCUAGCAGCAGCCCGUAUAAAACCGUCCCUCGCAGGCAGGCUGAGCUCCACAACGUCGCACAGACCCUCGCCAUGACCCGUAACGCCUACAGCAGCAGUCAGCUCGGGUCUGAGGAUCCAGCCCACGCCUUCCGGCACCGCAGUGGGAGCUUGGAGUCUCAGUCUCAUUUCCUCUGUUAUUCCGGUUCUGAGAGAUCCGUUUAUCCAGGUCGCCGCAGCAACAGUACUGAGGUCCUGGACGAUUGUUCGUCUUGCACGAGUGUGUCCAGCGCCGAUUUCGGUCCUCCGUGUCCUUCCACUCCUCCGUACCUCAUCCCUUCAUCCCUCCAUCACCAACACAGCACGGGCAGCAUGCCAAACCUGGUGCCCCACCACACACACUCUCACGCUCACACACACACUCACCCUCGCACACCGUACAGCCCUGCUGCAUAUUACGUACCCGGCUAUGCCGCUGCUGACUAUGAGCCCUACACUAAUGCCAAUGCUAAUGGUGCUUAUGUAUACGAGAAUGAACUCGAAGGACACUACAAUGUCAACCCCUCAUACCACGCGCACGGGUACCAUGGAAACGGACGCAGCAAGAAUUACGGGAUGGUGCACAAUCCCUAUGCAACAUUAAGACCUCCAAGAAGCAGGAAUGAACUUUUGGCUAAAAGCAUGCAGAAAGCGUUAGUGGUGGAGCAUCUGAGAGGCUGGUACAACCGCAAUACUGCAGUACGGAGGCCAGUCUACGGCUACGAAUAUGACCGAGGGUACCAACAUCAUCUGGGCUAUCAAACACUACCAGCUCCAUUUAGCAGAUCCAGCAGGACCAGCUCUUAUUCAUCAGUCCAAUUUCCUGUAUCACCAUUGCACCAUCCUUCCUACCUUUGUCCUGGUGCAGUGUCCUCUACAGCUAGCGGAGGGACAAACUGGCACACUAAUGCAGAUUUGGGGCGGAGUGAGAGUGAAGCGGAUGGAGACGUGACACCAACAUCCCAAAAGUCCUUCGCUGGAGCGUACAGUCCAACUCGCAGCAGGUUUCCUGCUGAAUGCAGUCCGUCCAGGCGUGCCGAUUCUCUCCCACACACUUCUGACUGUGGUGAGGUGUUCAGCACCGAUACAGACCAUUAGAAGAAGCACAACAAGACCGUGUACACAGAUGCUGCAGAUUAUAUUGCAAUGUAUUUUGCUUUUUUUAAUUUUAUUAUUAUUUAUUGGAGGACCAAAUCGCUACAACAGCAGCACAGCACACAUGGGGGGUGAAUCGUCUUCGCCUGGUUCCUGGAAAACGCAGAAAAAGGAUUUUUUUUUUUUUAUUGUGCCUUGGAACGAAAAGUUCAGUCAGAGAGUUUUUAAUCAGAGCGUGAUCAAAUGGUGAUAAAAUAUUACGUGACAAAAAGUUGGAAGGGUUCAUUUUUAAAACUCUAUCUAAUCCAAAUUUGUUCAGCGGUAUCGGUCCUAAUCCACUGACGCUCAUGCUAUUUCGUAUAUUGAACUGAGACUGUAGUAAGCCACACCUCGUUUUUUUUAUUAUUAUUAUUAUUAUUUUUUAAAUUGGUUUUGUUGCCUAGUAACAAUCGUUUUUAAACCAAGGCUGCUGGCAGCCAGACAAAGAAAAAAGUGAAUGAAAGAUAAUAGCUGUGUCUCAAAUUUGGAGUUUUGUUUUGUUUUUUUAAUUUUUUUUUAUUGUGAGCUCUGUGAUAGGUUAAUAUGCAGAUGAUGUACUAAAACUGCCAGGAAAGGAAGUAUGCUCAACAGUAUAUAGCAGAAGGGAGCAGAGAAAUUAGAGGGCUUUAAAAUGGCUGACAACACACUGAGCAAGAUUCUCGCAACAAAAACAGAUUAAAAAAAAAAAAAAAUUAAGAGGGAAGAUUUUUUGGCCAGCCGUUUAAAAAAUAAAUAAAUAAAUAAAUUUAAAAAAAAAAUUCCCCUGGAGGCUCAAUGAUCUAUUUGCGUUUAGCACUAAAUGUUAGCGUUCGUUUACUUUAUUGUCAAACACCCAGGUAUUAGCUAGUCCAGAACACAAGUGUAUAGUGUGAGAAUAGACUGCACAGAACUUAAGAAUGAGCCUGUAAUGAAAUCAUCAACAAUUUUCAGAUUUUUUUUUAAAUAAAUGAUGCUGAAACAAACAAGAAUUUCUAUCCUGAUUAGCGAAUCUCGUGAAAACAUCUUUGUCUAAACACCGAUUCAUGAUUCAGAAGUCGUCUUAGUACGGGGCUAAAGUGUGUACAGGUCAAAAUAGACACGUGCUGAACGUAUAUUAAUAUCACCAUUAUGGGUUAUGGGAUUGCCUUGCAAAGGUCCUCAGAACACAUGGGCUACUUAGGUAGACCCCCUAGGGACCUCCCAGGGAUAGCGUUCAUGAAAAACAAACACCGUCCUUGGUGAUUAUUACAGCAUGUCAUAUAACGAUUCUCGGUGCAGAGAUUUUGUGUUUUUGGUGAAAAUAAUGAAAUCUAGCCAUAUUAAAUCAAGCUGCCUUUUUACACUCUGUGUUUUAGUCCUAUAGCACUGUUUUUUUGUUGUUUGUUUUUUUAGAUGAAUGAAUGUUACGAUGUCAGGAGAAUUAGUAAUGUCCUCUGACUGUCUGUACAAAAGCAAACUGAUGUCUGGAAGAAAAAAAAACAAAACAAAACAAAAAGAAAACGGACAGACGAACAUGAAAACGGUCCAACGCUUCUGAGUGCACAAGCGAAUACUGAGUUCUUAAACACGAUGUAAUAUAAUGUAAUGUAAUAUAGUUCUUCGUAGUACUCAAACUUGGAACGUUUUGAAAAUCGGACCCAUUUCUAAUAACCGAUAAAAGACGAAGCAGCGCUUGGUUGUGCACUCAGACAUUCAGACCCUAAAUGAGCAAAUAAAAAAAUGUAAAAAAAAAAAAAAAAUCGUUAAGAAGUGAAGCUUGUUCUCUUCUUAAACUUGCACACAAUAAGGGGUGGGGAAAAAAAAUAAUAAAGACUCUUUGAUGUUUGAAAUCUGAAUCUGUGACAAUGUUCUUUAGCAGGAAGUGCAUUACAAAACCGUGAAUUAAUGGAAAAUUACACCCACCACCCCCCCACCCCCACCCAGCAGGAAGGGGAAAAAAAAGUUUCAGUGUUUUAAAAUGAUUUUAGUGUCUUUAUUAAGGAAAGCUUCAUGGAAGACCUGCAUGGAAGAAAUUUGGUAUUCACACGUUCGUAUCCUACUCGUGCUCCCGAGCGUGGGAGAACUCGCACAUAGGUACGCUAACUAACGUAAACCUCGACUUGAAAAUCAUAUCGCUAGCACGGAUCACUGCACUUUCAUAUCUGGGACACGCUGUCGAGUUUAAAUCGCUUAUUUUUAUUACGUUUACAGUAUCUAGCCGACGCCCUUUUCCAGAGCGACUUACAGAAAUGCUUCGGAGUCUCGAUUAAAAAUAAAUAAAUAAAUAAAUAAAUAACACAUCUUCAUGCUAGAUCACUAGGUCAGAGGAUUAAAAAGUACCAUCGAGAAUAUUCGAUGAAAACCAGCCGUUUCAUUUUAUUGGCAUUCAUUUAAAAAAUUUUUUUUUAUAUAAAUGAAAGAACGCGAGCCGACACAAACCUGUAAAUUAAGAGAAAUAAAACUAUUCAUUCGAUUACGACAAAUGAAACGGCGCCAUAUAAACCGAGGACAGGCCGGUCUGUCUGUGCGUAGCCGUAAACAAACGCCUCAGCUGAUGGAACGUUUAAUCACUCGCUUAUUAUUAUUAUUAUUAUUAUUAUUAUUAUUAUUAUUAUUAUUAUCCUUUAAUAUUUUCAUUGGCAUGGAAGUGAGUCAAAAUAACUUCCACUUCACACUGAGUGUUCAUUUCAUGCUCCCAACUGGCUGCGCACUUUACCAUUUAUGGAGUUUUGUGGGCGUCACUAAAUGCAAACGAGCCGUGUCGGGAACGUCCUUUGCACUCGACAGGUGAUCGAUCCCGUAUACGUACGCGGAGAUGAAGAAAAUCGGCCUUUUGGAAAAUUGUGUACGUUUCGAAUUCUUACGCAAACAUUUACACACAACUUUACUACAAAGAUUCGUUAAUGAGGCCCAAGGACAGGAGGUGUGAGAUGUGGCUCGACACUUAGCAGACCACAUGAAGUUGAUUAUUUUCCAAUAACAGCACAUCCCAAAGUGUGCUCUUUAUUCCUCUUCUACCACAAUAAUCUGCCACAAGCACAAUUUAUCUUUACUAAAGUAGAACAAGUUGUACUAAUUCUAUGCUACGGAAUGAAUCGGAAUUAAUCAACAGCUUCUGACCGAUCGGAUUAGAGAAUUCAAUGGCCCCGUGAUAUAAUAGAUAAGAUCGAGAACUAAUUGGUAAUAAUAUUGAUUGAUUGAAGCGACUUUUAAUACAAAUAAUAAAUAAAGCAACGGUGAAAAAGCAAUAAAGUGGAAAGAAAUGCACUUAUUCGUAUUUUUUCAUUGUUAAUGACUUGUAUUGAUAAUAUGUGACUUUUUGCGAAAUUUUCUCCUGUUAAAAAAAAAAAAAUUGCUUUUAUAAUAUCUAAAAUAAUAUAACAAUGCUGUAUUUUCCAAUAUUUGUGGUUGUGUUAUUUCCAUCUUACAGCCACAGACAGUGAUGUAGCUGUGUUUAACAGGAAUAAAGUCGGAAUAAAGGACCGGUUCAUACAGAAAUCCAAUCUUUACCCCAAACCCACCUCCUUUAGUUUUGCACAGAAGCUACAAGGCUAAUGUCCUAGUGUCCUGUAUCUUACUUUACAAGCACAAAUUUCACAAAAUCAUUUUAAAACACGAUGAAACACGCGAGAGAGAAAAAAAAAAAAAAAAAAAAAAAAAAAAGGGGUGUGUUUUUGUUCGGUUUAAAGAAAAGCGCUGGAAUGUCCCUGUAAUGUUAAUCCUUGUUGAUCGCUCCGUGCUGGAAAACAUGGACCUUUUAAUAUUUUUUUAAUCUGAAUGUAUCACCAUUGUGUUUCUCUGUACCGUCGUCGUGUGUCGUGACGAAACGCAUGUGCUGUACAAAUGCUGAGCUUAAAAACGCGGAUUCAUGUUUUUUGUUUGUCUGUUUGUUUGUUUUUAAACGCAAACAUCUGAAUGUUUAUUCCAUCCGCUUUCCGUCGUCAUGUCGAUCGUGUCGCUUUUUAUCCGAAACGAACAAAAUAAAAGAGACGGCCCAGAUUUUGCUUGACUGACGGGUUGUGAAUAAAACAAGUUGUGUGUGUGUGUGUUUAUAAUAUUUCGACUAGUUCAAUCGAGCUUACGUUAGCGAGCUUAAUUGUGAAUUUUAUUUAACGGAGUAGAGUACUUAUGUAAUAACACAAUACUGCUAAAUACACAACUUAAUUUCCCUUUCACGUAAUGUUAAUGUUAGCAACUUCAUAAAUAUGUAAGCGAGCAAGCCAUAGAAUACUUCUCUACAUCAGCAUCGUCGUCGUAAUGGCUACUAAUUCGAAUCUUACACUAAAAAAAAUGAACCAUGGAUGAAAUUUAAAAGCAUGCACUUCAACUGGGGGAAAGAAAGAAGGUUUCUAUACGCGAGUAAAACCAAAAAAAAAAAAAAAAAAAAAAAGACAA